UCAGACUACUCGUUCAUCGGCUACUCCCUCGAACCACCCGCUUCCGAAACCCCAGUCAUACCCUUCCGUCAACGUCCUCAUCGAGCCUACAUCCUAGCUAAAAGAGUCCAAUACUUCUACCAAUAUGCAAACCCCAUGUGGGAGCCAUCUUACUUCACUCGCGCCGCUGCCGAGCUCUCGGCCAUCUGGCCAGAUUUCGAAUUCGUGGGAGGUUUCGUUGAUGACCGAAGCGAUAAAGACCGAGAAACCCAAGGUCCCAUGCCAGUACCGGAAGGAGUGAAGAAUUUAGGAUUGUUAGAUGCUGAAAGGUUUGACGAGGAAGUAGGAAUGUCUAGAUUGUUGGUAGGUUUAGGAUGGCCAACGAUGAGUCCUAGUCCUUAUCGAGCUUUGGCUAGGGGUGUACCAUUUUUGAACCCACAUAAAAUGAAUCCUUCAUCUACUAAAGAAAAUCGACAUUCUUGGAGAGAUACUCAACAUGCUACGUUGAGAAUGAUUGAUGAACCUUAUGUGUAUCAUACGGAAGCUUAUGAUUAUGAUGCUUUUUUGAGAGAUAUAAAGAAAGCUAUGGAGACGUCUAUACCACCCUUCCGAUUCCCCUUUCAUUCCAGAGAAGCGUUCGAUAAACGAAUACGUGAUCUGAUACUCGCCGAUUGGGAAUCUGAAGCUGAAUGGAUAUUGAAAGAACGUAUAGCUGGACAUGAGACGCAGAGGAAUGGAGAGAUUGGAUUGUUCGAAAUGUGA